CUACCAACCAUCUCUCUACUCUCCUUCACUGAAUCUCCUCAUCUCUCUGUCUCUCUCCUCCGGUCCACCGGUCUCUGCUAUGACAGCUCACACCAGCGGCGUGUUGCCCGAUCUCAGACCGUCAACCCGUCACCGGUUGUCCUGUCUAAACGUUAACAUGGACAUGUGUGUGUGGGAUAUUCGUGAUUGAUCCUCGGGUGUAACAUUUUUUUUUUUUUUUUUUGUUUUUUGUUUGUUUGUUUUUUAUAUAAAAACGAAAGAAAAAGGAGGAGGGGGGCGGCCGUCCUCUUUUACCCCCCUCCGCUUCCUUCAGCCAAGCAGAGCGGCAAGGUGGGGAGAAGGCUUUAAAAUUAAGCCAGCUUGGAUUUAUUUAACAGCAAAAUGACGGAUUUGGGAGUGCCGGAGAUGCUGCUGAUGAGGAGGAGGCUGCAUGUGAAGAAAACGGGCAGGCUGAGACGCGACCUCCCGCUUCUCCUCCUGCUGGGGCUUGUCAUCGGGGAUUUCUCCUCGUCCAAGGCUGAAUCUUGUGGUGGUGUAGUCCAAGGCCUGAAUGGCACCAUAGAGUCGCCCGGUUUCCCCCACGGCUACCCCAACUACGCCAACUGUACGUGGCUGAUAAUAACAGGGGAGAGGAACCGAAUCCAGCUAACCUUUGUCACGCUGGCGCUGGAGGAAGACUUUGAUAUUGUAUCAGUUUACGAUGGACAACCGUCACCGGGCAACUUGAAAAUGAGGUUGUCGGGAUUCAUGCUGCCCUCUCCUAUAGUCAGCAGUGGAUCUAUAUUGGCCUUGUGGUUUACCACAGACUUUGCCGUCAGUGCACAGGGCUUCAAAGCGGUAUAUGAAGUCCUGCCCAGCCAUACAUGUGGCACCCCCGGCCUCAUUCCAAAUGGGGUCAUUCAUGGCUCACGGUACAACAUGGGGGACAAGAUCCGAUACAGCUGUGAGUCAGGUUUUGUAUUGGAAGGACACAGUAUCCUCACAUGUAUUGUAUCUCCUGGCAGUGGAGCACAGUGGGACUUCCCAUCACCAUUUUGUAGAGCGGAGGGAGCAUGUGGCGGUACAUUACGAGGCACCGCGGGUUCAAUAACCAGCCCCGGGUACCCUGCAGAGUAUGACAACAACCUGGACUGUACAUGGUCAAUCCUCGCUGAGCCCGGGGACACCAUAGCUCUCGUCUUCACUGACUUCUUAUUAGAGGACAAAUAUGACUUCCUGGAAAUCAGCGGGACAGAAGCACCAAGCAUAUGGUUGACUGGUACAACCCUGCCCUCACCAGUGAUAUCAAAUAAGAACUGGCUUCGGAUACAUUUCACCUCAGACAGCAACCAUCGAAGAAAAGGAUUCAGUGCUCAGUAUCAAGUUAAGAAAGCCAUAGAGCUGAAGUCCAGAGGGGUGAAGAUGAUGCCCAGUAAAGACUCCAGUCACAAAAAUGCUGUCUUGAGUCAAAGUGGUCUUGCAGGUGAUGUUUGUCCAGAUCCUGGAGUUCCAGAAAAUGGCAAGAGGAUGGGUUCUGCCUUCCAAGUUGGCUCCAGCGUCCAGUUCAGUUGUGAUGACAGCUAUGUACUACAAGGAUCAAAAAGUAUCACCUGUCAACGAGUCACUGACACACUGGCUGCCUGGAGUGACCACAGACCCAUCUGCAGAACUCGUACCUGUGGCAGCAACCUAAGGGGGCCCAGAGGGGUCAUAACUUCUCCUAACUACCCUGUUCAGUAUGAGAACAACGCACACUGUGUGUGGGUCAUCACUGCAAUGGACUCUGGGAAGGUGAUAAAGCUGUCAUUUGAAGAGUUUGACCUGGAAAGAGGAUAUGACACAUUAACUGUGGGAGACGGAGGCAAGAUAGGAGACACUCGGAGAGUACUCUAUGUACUCACUGGCUCCAGUGUUCCUGACCUCAUCGUCAGCUUGUCCAAUCAGAUGUGGCUACACCUGCAGUCAGAUGAUACUAUCGGCUCAGCAGGGUUUAAAGCAGUCUAUGAAGAGAUAGAACGGGGAGGCUGUGGUGAUCCCGGGGUGCCGGCAUUUGGACGUCGUAGCGGUGAUCGCUUUCAACAUGCCGACGUGUUGACCUUCUUUUGCCAGUCGGCCUUUGAACUUGUGGGUGAAAGGACCAUCACAUGUCAGCACAAUAACCAGUGGUCUGGAAAUAAACCCAGUUGUGUCUUCUCAUGUUUCUUCAACUUCACGGCUCCAUCAGGAACUGUAUUGUCUCCGAAUUACCCAGAAGAGUAUGGGAACAACCUCAACUGUGUGUGGUUGAUUAUCUCUGAACCAGGAAGCCGCAUUCAUCUCCUCUUCUCUGACUUUGACCUGGAGCCACAGUUCGACUGGUUGGUGGUCAAAGAUGAAGGUCUGUCUGAGCCAACGACAUUUGGAACGUUCUCAGGAAAGGAUGUUCCAUCACAGAUCGCCUCGAAUGGACACAUCAUGAGACUGGAAUUUCAGUCUGAUCACUCCAAUACUGGAAAAGGCUUCAAUAUCAGCUACACCACAUUUGGUCAGAAUGAAUGUCAUGACCCAGGAGUACCUGUCAAUGGUCAAAGGUAUGGUGACCAAUUUCAGCUGGGCAGCUCUGUGGCUUUUCGCUGUGAUCAAGGAUUCAUUAGGACACAGGGAUCAGAUCAGGUCACUUGCAUCAUCCAGGAUGGAAAUGUUGUUUGGUCUGCAGCUGUACCUCGGUGUGAAGCUCCAUGUGGAGGCCAUCUCACAGCUCCUACUGGUGUUCUGCUGUCUCCUGGUUGGCCCUCCUUUUAUAAAGACUCUCUGAAUUGCCAGUGGGUGAUUGAAGCGCAAACAGACCAUGCUGUGAAGAUACACUUUGACAGGUUUCAGACUGAGGUCAACUAUGACACACUGGAAAUCAGGGAUGGUCCCUCAACCUCCUCUCCACUGAUUGGUGAAUACCAUGGCACCCAAGCACCUCAUUUCCUGAUUUCCACGUCCAACUUCCUAUUCCUGUUGUUCACUACAGACAACAGCCGCUCGGCAGCAGGCUUCAGCAUCAGAUAUGAAAGUGUGAAAAUGGAGUCAGACUCUUGUCUCGAUCCUGGUAUCCCAGUUAAUGGUCGUCGCCAUGGCAGCAGCUUUUCCAUUGGCUCCCGUGUCUCAUUUACAUGUGACCCUGGAUACACACUGAGUGAUCAGGAGCCAAUUGUUUGUGAGCAGAAUCAUCAGUGGAGUCAUGCACUUCCCAGUUGUGAUGCUCUUUGUGGAGGCUAUGUUUACGGUAAAACAGGGACUAUUCUUUCACCUGGCUUUCCUGACUUCUACCCUAACUCUCUUAACUGCACCUGGACUAUAGAAGUGUCUCAUGGGAAAGGAGUCCAUCUCGUUUUCCACACUUUCCAUCUGGAGGAGAACCAUGACUACCUGUCCAUCACUGAGGACGGGAAUUUCCAGGUCCCAGUAGCUCGACUCACUGGCUCAGUGCUUCCCCCGAGUGUCAAAGCAGGACUCUAUGGGAACUUCAGCGCUCAGCUACGAUUUAUAUCAGAUUUUUCCAUGAGUUACGAAGGCUUUAAUAUUACUUUCUCAGAGUAUGACUUAGAGCCAUGUGAGGAUCCUGGUGUACCGGCGUUCAGCAGGAGGAUGGGAUUCAGGUUUCGAGUUGGUGACUCGCUGGCCUUCUCUUGUUUCCAUGGCUACCGACUUGAGGGAGACAGCAAGAUCACUUGUCUGGGAGGAGGCAGACGAGUCUGGAGCAACACGCUACCACGAUGUAUAGCUGAGUGUGGAGCCUCCUCACUAGGACCAGAAGGCGUUCUCCUCUCUCCGAAUUUCCCUUCUAACUACGAUAAUAACCACGAGUGCAUUUACCGCAUCACUACUGAAAAGGGCAAAGGAAUCAGGCUGAAAGCUGAGAGCUUCUUGUUGCAAGAUGGAGACUAUCUCAAGGUAUAUGAUGGAGAGAACACCUCAUCCCGUCUCCUUGGAAACUUCACACAUGAUGCCAUGGUGGGUCAUGUCAUCAAUAGUACGUCCAAUCACUUGUGGCUGGAGUUCAACAGCAACGCCUCUGGAACCAAUCAGGGCUUUCGCCUCACAUAUACAAGUUUUGACUUAGUACGCUGUGAGGAGCCAGGUAUCCCUAGUUAUGGCUAUAAGAUCCAGGACGACGGUCAUUAUGCCAACACUUUUGUCCUGUACUCCUGCAACCCUGGAUAUAGUCUCCAUGGCAGCAGUACACUGACCUGUCUUAGCGGGGACAGACGUGUCUGGGACAAACCACUUCCUUCCUGUAUCGCGGAGUGUGGAGGUCACAUAACUGGAGCAGUGUCUGGACGGAUUCUGUCUCCAGGCUAUCCUGCUCCUUAUGACAACAACCUCCACUGUACCUGGACUAUAGAGGCUGAUACAGGCAAGACUAUCAGCCUCCACUUCAUCGUCUUUGACACUGAGAUCGGCCAUGAUAUCCUGAGAGUUUGGGAUGGUCCAUCUGGGCCAUCAGAUGGGGGGAUCCUGUUGAAAGAAUGGUCGGGCCCAGCCCUACCUGAAGAUAUCCACUCGACUUUCAACAUACUCACACUGCAGUUUGAUUCAGACUAUUUCAUCAGCAAGCAAGGAUUUUCUAUACAGUUCUCCACCACUACAGCAACGACCUGCAAUGACCCAGGCAUCCCUGUAAAUGGUUCUCGAUACGGGGACAGUAAAGAGCCUGGUGACAGUAUGACGUUCCAGUGUGACCCAGGCUACCAGCUGGAAGGCCAGGACACCAUCACAUGUGUACGGAUGGAUAACAGAUUCUACUGGCAACCUGACCCUCCAACGUGUGUAGCAACCUGUGGGGGUAACAUCAGUGGACCCUCAGGAGUAAUUUUGUCGCCUAACUACCCCCAGCCUUACCCCCCUGGGAAAGAGUGUGAUUGGAGAAUUAGAGUCAACCCUGACUUUGUUAUUGCUCUCAUCUUCAAAAGUUUUAACAUGGAGCCAAGUUAUGACUUCCUGCACAUCUACGAGGGUGAAGACUCUAAUGGGCCGUUACUUGCAAGUCUCCAAGGCAACCAGGCCCCGGAGCGAAUAGAGAGCAGUGGUAACAGUCUCUUCCUGGCAUUCAGAUCUGACGCCUCACUGGGCAUGUCUGGGUUCGCCAUCGAAUAUAGAGAAAAACCAAGAGAGGCCUGUUUUGACCCUGGCAACAUUAUGAAUGGCAGUCGGACAGGUUAUGACUAUAAACUGGGAUCUCAGGUCUCGUACAACUGUCACCAUGGCUACACAACUGUGGGCGGGGAUACCAUCACCUGUGUCAUGGGGCAUGAUGGGAAGCCAGUGUGGGACAGGGCUCUGCCAUCAUGUAAAGCUCCAUGCGGUGGACAGUAUGGUGGAUCUGAAGGAGUUGUUUUAUCUCCAAACUAUCCCCUAAACUACACUACAAGACAGACUUGCUCCUAUUACAUCACUGUGUCUCCACAGUUUGUGGUGUUUGGUCAGUUUGCCGUUUUCCAGACAGCAAUGAAUGACUCUGUUGAGCUGUUUGAUGGAGCCAAUGAGAACGCUCGAUUGCUUAGCUCCCUGGCUGGGUCACAUUCAGGAGAAACACUGCCGUUGGCGACUUCCAAUCAGAUCAUGUUGCGGUUCAAUGCUAAGAGUGGCCAAUCAGCUAAAGGCUUUCACUUUGUCUACCAAGCGGUGCCUCGCACCAGUGACAGUCAGUGCAGUUCAGUGCCAGAGCCUCGGUACGGCAGGCGGAUCGGUUCAGAGUUCUCAGCCGGCUCUGUGGUUCGGUUUGAGUGCAGUCCAGGGUAUCUGCUUAAAGGAUCCAGUGCUAUCCGGUGCCAGGCCGUGCCAGGUGCCCUCGCACAAUGGAAUGCAACAACACCAACCUGUAUAGUUCCCUGCAGUGGCAAUGUGACCGAACGCCGUGGUACAAUACUGUCUCCUGGCUAUCCUGAACCCUACCCAAACAGUCUCAACUGUCUGUGGAGGAUCCAUGUCAGUGAAGGGGCUGGGAUACAGAUCCAAGUGAUGACGUUUGCUACUGAGCACAACUGGGACUCUCUGGAGAUCUACGAUGGAGGAGACAUGACAGCUCCUAAAUUAGGGUCAUUUUCUGGAACUACAGCCCCAGCCCUCCUUAACUCAACAUCAAAUCAGCUCCUUUUGCACUUUCAGAGUGACAUCAGUGUGGUGGCAGCCGGCUUUCACCUAGAAUACAAGACUGUUGGUCUCACCACCUGUCCAGAGCCAAUGAUCCCAGCCAAUGGCAUUAAAAAUGGUGACAGAUACAUGGUCAAUGAAGUGGUGGCGUUCACCUGUGAGCCUGGGUACACAUUACAGGGCCAUUCUCACAUUUCCUGCAUGCCUGGUACUGUGCGCAGAUGGAACUACCCACCUCCUCUUUGCAUAGCUCGGUGUGGCGGGGUGUUGUCUGAGAUGAGUGGUGUCAUCCUUAGUCCAGGUUUCCCUGGCAACUACCCUGGCAACCUGGACUGCACCUGGCAAAUCACCCUGCCAACUGGAUAUGGAGCCCAUAUUCAGUUCCAAAACUUCUCUUCUGAAGACAACCAUGACUUCCUAGAGGUCAGGGCUGGAGCACAGCACAGCUCUGCCCUGAUUGGACAGUUUACUGGUUCACAGAUCCCACCCCCUCUACUGAGCACUACCCACCUGACGAUCAUCCAUUUCUACAGUGACCACUCAGAGAACAGGCCGGGAUUCAAACUGACCUAUCAGGCUUAUCAACUUCAAAACUGCCAGGACCCCUUUCCUUUCUCCAAUGGUGACAUCAUCAACAGUGACUACAGUGCUGGCCAAUCAGUAACUUUCCAGUGCUACCCUGGUUAUGUUUUGAUUGGACACCCAGUACUAACAUGCCUGCAUGGGACCAAUCGGAAGUGGAACCACCCAUUUCCACGCUGUGAGGCUCCUUGCGGCUACAAUGUCACGGCUGAAAAUGGGACCAUCUAUUCACCUCAGUACCCCAAUGAAUACCCCAACUCCCAGGACUGUAUCUGGCUCAUCACUGUUCCCCACGGACAUGGAGUUUAUAUCAACUUUACCUUAUUGCAGACGGAGCCUGUCACUGAUUACAUUGCCGUCUGGGACGGUCCAGAUACAUCCAGCCCUCAGCUGGGAGUCUUCAGUGGCAACACAGCAUUAGAGUCUGCCUACAGCACCAGCCCACAGGUCCUGAUCCGCUUCCACUCUGACUUUUCAACUGGAGGGUUCUUCAUUCUCAACUUCCAUGCUUACCGUCUAAAGAAAUGCCCUCCUCCCCCUGUUGUGGAGAAUGCCGAAGUGAUCUUUGAAGAUGAAGACUUCCAGAUAGGUGAUAUUGUGAAGUAUCGCUGUUUACCUGGAUACACACUGACUGGAAAAGCAGAGCUUAUGUGCAAACUCAACUCCCAUUUGCUCUUUGAAGAUCCACCACCAACAUGUCAAGCCCAGUGCCCAGCCAAUGAGGAGCGGUCUGCGUCAUCAGGAGUCAUACUAAGCCCUGGGUUUCCUAGCAACUACCCCAACAGCCAGACAUGCUCCUGGCUGUUACGCAUGGUUCCAGGUUAUACCAUCAAUAUCUAUGUGGAGAUGUUCCACAGCGAGAAGCAGUUUGAUGAGCUGGAGAUUUUUGAUGGAUCCUCAGGACAAAGCCCUUUGCUUGUUGCUCUUAGUGGUAACCACUCAUCUCAGCUGAACUUCACAUCUAAAACAAACCAGCUCUAUCUACGAUGGUCCACUGACCAUGCAACCAACAAGAGAGGAUUCAAGAUACGAUAUUCAGCUGCCUACUGUAGCAUUAAUGAUCCUCCAGUGAAUGGGGGCGUGGUCAACCGAACCAAGCUCCGUCCAGGUAGCAGACUUCAGUUCUUUUGUAACCGUGGUUAUCGCCUCGUAGGCACAGCCAAUGCCACGUGCAAGCUUCACUCCAAUGGGCUGUUCCAAUGGGAUACGCUACCACCUUUUUGUCAAGCAAUCUCGUGUGGGAUUCCUCAGUCACCGGGCAACGGCAGCUUCCAUGCUUACCAGUACACUGUUGGUAGCCAGGUUACCUACCAAUGUAACCAUGGUUACCACCUUGACCCCGAUGUUUCAAUAACAGCAGUGUGUUUGGAGGAUGGCAGCUGGAGUAAUGCUGCCUCAGCCCCCAGAUGUCUACCGGUCCACUGCCCUAGCAUUGACAGCAUCUUGUCAGACCACAUGACCUACCACCUACUCUAUGGUAGGUUGGGAGAGUUUGGGUCUAUGAUGAUGCUGGAAUGCUCAUCAGGGUACUAUUUGGGUGUCGGGCAUCGGACUCUUCGCUGCCUUGCCAAUGGGACCUGGGAGGGAUCAGAUGACCCAGCUACAUGCAAGAUCAUAUCCUGUGGUGAGCUUCCUUCUCCACCCUUUGGGACCAAACUGGGGACGUUGACGACAUUCGGAGCAACUGCAAUCUUUAUGUGCAACCAUGGUUACACGCUGGUGGGGUCACAUGUCAGAGAGUGCGGUGCUAACGGGCUGUGGAGUGGUGCAGAAACCAGGUGUUUAGCUGGUCACUGUGACUCUCCGGAUCGGAUAGUCAAUGGCCACAUUAGUGGGGAUGGCUCUAGUUACCGUGACACAGUGGUGUACCAGUGCAUGUUAGGAUAUCGCCUAAUUGGCACAUCAGUCAGAAUCUGCCAGCAAGACCAUCGGUGGUCUGGAACAACUCCCGUCUGUGUCCCGAUCACUUGUGGUCAUCCCGGCAACCCAGCCAACGGGCGGACCAAUGGCAGCGAGUUCAACCUCAAUGAUGUUGUCAACUUCACCUGUAACAGAGGUUACAUCCUCAGCGGAAAUGCUCGUGCUCAGUGCCGACUCAACGGGCAGUGGAGCAGCCCCCUACCUGUCUGCAAAGUUGUAAACUGUUCGGACCCCGGCCAUGUGGAGAAUGGUGUACGCCAGUCAGGCCUACGUUACCCAGAAGUCUUCAGCUAUGGCGUAAGUGUGGCAAUCCACUGUAAACGAGGCUUCUACCUGCUGGGCUCUGCGCUUCUCACAUGUCAGCAUGAUGGACGGUGGGACCGACCAAUCCCUCGCUGCCAAGCUAUUUCCUGUGGAGACCCCGGUGUACCCCCAAAUGCAGUAGUUUCUGGAACCCACAGUUGGACAUACAGUUCCGUGCUGCAGUACUCCUGUCUGCCUGGGGGGGUGCUGAUCGGCAACGCUACUCGCCACUGUCAGGAGGAUGGCACGUGGAGCGGAGCGCCACCAUACUGCACUGGUGUAAGUCCAGGAGUCUGUGGGGACCCAGGGAUCCCUCCCCAUGGGGCCCGUCUGGGAGGGCAAGAAUUUAAAACCAAGAGCCUGUUGCGUUUCAGCUGUGAGGCGGGAUACAGUCUGACUGGCUCAGCUGAAAGGACCUGCCUGCACAAUGGCACCUGGAGCGGCACGCAGCCUGUCUGUCAAGCUGUAUCCUGUGGUAACCCUGGCACCCCAGCACACGGCAGAAUAGUGUUCAGUGAUGGCAUCACCUUCGGGAACUCGGUGGCUUAUGCAUGCUGGGAAGGCUUCAAAACAUCAGGCCUGACCACAAGACACUGCACAACAAAUGGGACAUGGACAGGACAACCCCCAGACUGCACGGUGAUCAGUUGCGGAGACCCUGGGCCGGUAGCCAAUGGGAUCUAUCUCGGAAGUGAGUUUACCUUCAACCACACAGUGACCUACCGCUGUAACCCUGGUCACUUGAUGGAACAGCCUGGACCUGGACGAAGUGUUCUGCGUUGCACUAAAGAUGGAACCUGGAACCAAACCAAACCCAACUGUAAAGUGAUCCAGUGUGGACCUCCUCCACAAGUACAUCAUGGGAAAGUGGAGGGUACAGAUCACUCAUGGGGAUCGAGUGUUAGCUACAGUUGUUUCCAUGGUUACCAGUUGUCCACUCCUGCUGUGUUAACCUGUGAGGGGAAUGGGACGUGGACAGGAGAUGUACCACAGUGUCUGCCUGUCCUGUGUGGCGAUCCUGGCUCUCCCGGAGGAGGAUUCAGAGAGGGGAACAUCUUUUCAUACCGGUCAGAAGUCAGGUUCUACUGCCAUGCCCCCUACUUGCUCGUAGGCUCUGCCUCCAGAGUCUGUGAGGCUGAUGGGAUUUGGAGUGGCCAGCAACCAGCCUGUAUAGACCCAGCCUUCAACAAUUGUCGUGACCCAGGAACUCCAGCCUAUGGUAUCCCAGUCAUAGCCCAAGGCUUUCAGGUUGGAAGUAAGAUUUCCUUCAAGUGCCGCAAAAACUACCACAUCCUUGGUUCCACCACAAGAACGUGCCUAGAAAAUCUAACCUGGAGUGGAACUCAACCUGAGUGCAUAGCCCAUUCAUGCAGACAGCCGGAGACCCCCAGUAAUGUAGACAUUCGAUCUAUGGACUUGCCUACCUUGGGUUAUACGCUGAUCUACACCUGUCAAGGCGGUUUCUAUCUGGCCGGGGGAUCAGAGCACAGAACCUGCAAAAGUGAUGGGAGAUGGUCGGGCAAACCCCCGCUCUGUAAAGUUGGAGUGAAAGUCAAUCCCAAAGGCAGAGGAGAAUCAGAUGUCCAGAAGAACAAGAUUCGUGUUCCAGUGGAUGUGUUCUCUCCAAACUCUGAAUGGAGUGGUUUCUACGAGUACCUAGGGAAGAGACAGCCCACCACAUUUACAGUUACUGGGUUCAAUGCAACCAGCGGCAGAGUUAACGUCACAUUACUGGAGACCAGCGGAGUGUCAAUCAGACUGUCAGGUACCUAUAAGUCAGAGGAAAACCAGCUGCUGUUGAAAGUCUACCAGGUGAAGGGGCCAACAGAGCAUUACUACAGCAAGUUUAAAAAUGACAACUGGGCGAUGGAUGGAUAUGUUACUGCAGAAUCAGACCAGAAGACUUUUGUUUACCAGGGGCAUAUUCACAGUAAAGAUUUUGGCAAGUUCCAUCUGACGAGGCAAGGCCCUGUAACCAUAGCAAUGGACCCAUCCAACCCCUACACAAACAGCAGCUCUGUGGCAGCAGCCAUCUUAGUUCCUUUCUUUGCCCUCAUCCUGUCUGGAUUUGCCUUCUACCUCUACAAGCACAGGACAUUGUCUGCUGACACAGAUGACAAUGAGAGACCAAAAGACACCUGGGGGCCUGGCGGCAGGACACGUCCCAAGGUCCAGUUCAAUGGCUAUGUUGGCCAUGAAAGCUCCAACGGUCAGGCAUCAUUUGAAAACCCAAUGUAUGACACCAAUAUGAAGCCCACUGAGGCUAAGGCAGUUCGAUUCGACACCACACUCAAUACAGUCUGCACUGUGGUAUAGUCCAGCAAACCUGCCACUAUACAGUGGUUCGGUCCAACCUCGAUGUUGCAGUUUGCGGUGUGGUUUAACCGAACAAAAAUGAAAGAACAAACUUAUGAUUUGGACUCGUCGUCGUGAGCAGUCUGUGUUGCAGCAUGCUGGUCCUCUGUCGGCAUAAUCUGCACAGUAACGCAGCUCUGCUCCACCUCCUACCUGAACAAUGGUAUCAUCCACCUCUCCUUAUAGUCUGAAAGAGCUAAAUAAGUUGGAACCAAUCAACAACGGAGAAGACAAUGACAUCAUCAAGUAAGAUGAAGUCUGUUGUUCAGGAGAUCAGAGCUGGGACCAGAAUUCAAUGCAAUUCAAACACCAAGGAAAAUCAGAGAAAGAUGGUACAUCAACCCUAAUUGAAAAGUGCUCAUCCAGUGUCAGCUGACUGACAGCAAAAUUUGACCCAACCUCCCUAUGGAAAGGGCUUUGUAUGACCAGUGUCAUAUGGCCCUGGAACACGCCUGCAACCUGAGUAGUGGUUUACCCCAACCUAACUUCAUACCCCCAUGCCAAAUUUGCACAGUGGUAUAGGCUUACGAACUCCCCUUGCUGUAGGCAAUGACAUGGGUUUGACCGAUGUGAUGCUCUACCCUCAAGGGAAGCACAUAGACUAUUCCACCCCACAGCUCCCAUCCAGACAAUGAAUAGUAAUUGGACAAUUCGUAUAUGUCAACACAAAAACCAUCACUGGUGCUGGACCAAAACCUCCCUCUGGACUUCCAUCAUACUGGACUUGACAGGACUGGACUCUGAUGUAAUGGCAGCUUACACAGUCUGUUUUGGUGGAAUGUGAUAUUGAUUAUACAGGCUGCUGUAAAGCUCGCAAACAAAUUCAGGCAAUGCAAUGACAAGUUCAACCAGACCAAUUCCUUUAAAGAAAAUGAUACUCUUAUUCAGUACUGGAUGCUAGUAUUAGAUUAGUACUACAAGUGGUGGACUACACACAACAGGUUCAAAUAACAGUUGCAGAUAAGUUUGAAAUGUUUUAGCCUGCUUGAAGAACUGAAUGGGUUAAUAUAGGGUUUAAUAUAGCAGGACAAUCACAGAGUUUGGUAAGUUUAGUUGUGAAUUAAUAAUGGACUUUGAAAAAGGUUCCUGUCAUUGUCUUUACCCUCUGCCACUUGCUGCAUAGCCUUUUAUGACAGUGUCUACAGUAUAUGGAAACAGUGAGGCUAAAACAUACCAAAUUAAGAAUUUGCAAAUGCUAUUUUUCCCAGGUUUAGUAGAACUAGAACUAGAACUUGUGAAGGUGUCCUAAAUGAGUUUUGGGCAUUUUAAAAAAUAUUCUACAGAGUCACAUACACAAUGUUCCACACUAGCACUAGGCAGACUGUGCUGAAGCAGAAAACCAGAUAUUUCAGUUGCCAGGCUGGUGUACACAAUGCACUGGUUUCCAGUGGCCUGUCUAACACAAUCAAAGAGUCAGACAACUGAGUCUUGUUCUUGGCCAGGAUUCUGUGGGGAAGCCUGGAGGCAAUAAGCUGUCAAGAUCUUCGACUGCUGCAAUCAGCUGUGGCCAGAUCCAGGAAAUGAUUUGUCUUCUCGUAACUUUGGUCGGGAUUAUCACUCAGUCAAGUGAUGACUGAUUUUUUUUCUACAGUAUACUCUCCAGACACAAAAUCAGACACAGAUGAACAGAUUAACAGACAGACCGGUUGACUGACAGAAAGUAGACAGACGAAUGGACAGAUAGAUAUCUCUGUCAGUCGGGCUGGAAAAAAGAGACAAGGACGGGUUGCUAUGGAAACAGAGACAAAUAGUUGUCUCCAGUUGUCUCUUCUGGCAUUUUUCUUCAGUGAAGAUAUUGAUGAACAGACUCUUAUGUUCAAAAACCCAGUGGCCCCAUGGGACUUCCCAAACCACUGCUGCUGGGGACCCCAUAAUAUAAACUUUAUAUAAACUCUUAAACCGCACAAAUUUUGCACUAGUGUGUUUUUCUGACUGGGUUAUGAAAAAAUGAAUAAUUUUUCGGGUCUGAAAUGGGUUUGAAAAAUGAGUCAUUCGAAAAAGAGAAUUUUAUUCAAAAACUUCUAUCUUUAAAAAGAUGACAAAACAACUAAAUACAGGGUUACAGAGUGUUUGUAUAUACACAUUUAUAUUUCACACUCCCUGUUAGCAGAAGGUGUGACCACAUGCUAUACCGUUGUUUAUUCCGUUGCCAUGACAACAUGCUAGCCAACCAGAAAGUUGGGAUCAGUUUACCUGUGGACCUCUGAGCUUCUAGUGUCACAUAAUGGCACCACACUCAUUUUUAGCCAUUUUUAGAGCAAUGGCUGCUUCUGAAAGCUCAUACUGAUUACUGUUACUGCUAUAAUUAUAUUAUAUAUGGUCCCACUGAAACACUGUUGCCACACACAUACUUUUAUUUACAGGCAUUAAACGCCAUCAUUCUCUGAGAUUACUCCACUCCUAUGGUAAACUAAAUAGUACACAGUUUGAGAUACUUCACACAAAGAAUAAACAGUAACUCAAUGUGGACUUAUUUUUCUCAGUGAAUGACUUGUAGUAACAGACAGUAUAAGUUUUCAGAAACAACAUGUGACUGUUUCUCUUACUCUUUAAAAAGGUGUGUGGUCAAUGUUCCGUACUACUCACAUUUCCAUGCAUCAUCUUUCAACACAUUUUGCAUAUCUGAUGCACAUGAUCAUAUUUCAACACACCUUUUUAAAGAGCGCACAGUGCAUGCGUGACCUGUUUAAGAGUUGGUCAUUUAAGGCAGUGGACAAACAGAUACAGUGUGUAGACAACAUGCACAAUUAUUGUUGUUGACACUUACCGCUCCCUGAGCCCAUCCAUUGUUUGAGAAAUACCUCGUGUGCAGAGAGUAAGUUACACCCUGUUUAUCAAUGCUGGAACCUCACUGCAACAAAUACACAAGCUUAGCGAGUGUGACCUCUCUUUCCGCUUAUUUCCUGGUAUUUUGAGUCAAAAUGUCGUGCUAACACCCAUGAGUCUGCAGGAUCCGAGAUAAUUGGCUAGUUCCAAAUCACUUGCCAAGCUUGUUAUUUCUCGCAGUGUUCUCUCAAAAUAUUUUUAUUUUUCGAAAGAUGCUGCACUUGGUUUAGAUCACAGAUGUAACUGCUAUCAGUGUGUGUCUUUCAGUGUCUUCAGGCCCGUUUACCUGUUUGUUUCACACUCCACGCAUAGCAUUCUGGCAUUAGGUUUACACCUCAGGCAUUUGCUUUAAUUGCAUGAUUUUUGUUGUCCAAUUGAAUUUUCCUCUACGGUUCCCAUGUUUUCAGUCAUUCAACCUCCAUCACUGUCAUAAACUUACAAACAAUACAUCACAAAUCCAUUCAUUUACACAUACAAUAUCAAAUGGUAAGUAGAAUGUAUGCGAGUCAGAUAAUUAAAAUGUACAACUGAUGAAAUUAUUAUUUUUUAUAUUUUUAUUUUAAAACACAUCUUAUAGUGUUGUACUCCAGGCUAAGACUCAAUACACUGAAAUCAGAGAGUGGAUUUUCCCCAGAACUUAAAUACUGAAAAACAUUUGGCAUGAGAAAGUUGUCACAUCAACUUAUUUUGAAAUAAGUAAGAAUGAAUCAACAAGUAACCUCCAGUUGCUAUUUACAUUUUCAGUUCAUUUAAUUGAAAAUGACUCUACGCCAGACCCCAAUGCUGCAAAUGAAAUGUCCUGAAACAAUGGUGAUUAUAUUUGGAAGCAUGACUACAGGAUAUUGUUUGUAUUAUUAUGUCUGUUGUCAGUCUGUCAUUCACAGUCUCUGCUUCAGGGUUGGGGCACAACCCAACAGGGUUGGACAGCCACAAACAUGUACACCAGUGUGAGACAAAGUAUAGAUAUGCAGAUGUGUGUAGUAGCUAAAAUACUGGCAAUAGUUAAAGAGCGCAACAAGACAGACAUUCAAAAUGUCUUCACAGGGGUAAACAAGACAUUCUCUGUCUUUAUUGCUGGAGUGCUCCCAGUGCCUCUAUUUUAAUUGAUUUAAUUAAUUCAGUUGAGACUUCCUAUGGAGUCAAGAGUGCAUAAUAGAGCCUGAAAAUGAGAGGCUGUAAGGUUUCCCGCACGCAUAAUAAAAGGGCUAAUUUUUAACAAUUAAUGACACAGAUCUGAUCUCCCACUGUGCCUGAACAAAAAAAAUUACACUCCUGUUUAUUCUGGCACGUAAAGAUCAGAAAGGUACAAGAGAGGUAAGAUUUCAAAUCUUGUCUAUCUACAGAAACUCAGUCAAAUACACAGCAAAUAUUUGUGCAGAACCUUAAAGCUUGUGGUAUAUAGGCCAUGUAUAGGCCAUCAAGCUUACAGCAGAGCUCCAAAAUGAUUUUGCUGUUUCUGUAAGCUCACACAGAUGCCAGAUGAGCUCAAUGUUAUGACUGCCAGCACAGAAAAACUUCCAUUUUAAGUUUGACUUUCCCCCAAGUAACCCUUCAGUGUUUCCCCGGUAACCAGCUGUGUAGUGGCAGAUGUCAUCUGCCACUUUGAAGCCUGUUUCUUUUUUCCUUUGUAUAGUCAAACAUUGGAGGGUGUGGUUUUAUUAGAUCAACAUAGACCUAACUUUGCCCCAUUCAAAUAGUGUCCAUGUCAGUUAAGUAUUUGCUUAUGUUUAUACAAAAGGUUGCCAGGGUACAAGCGCAAUGUGUUUAGAGAUGAGGAUUAGUUUUCUGGGUGAAAGUAUGUUUCAUUUCCUUGAUUCUAUCUGGGCUCUUACAGAAAGACUAUUAUUUGCUGAGUCAUGGUGAAGGUGCACAGAAAGUUAAAGUGAGAACAUACCCCUGGAUUGUUGGAAGCACCAACCAAAUGAAAUAUCACAUAUUCUUAUUAGAUAUGAUCUAUUUUUUUAAUUUUCAAAAAUAAAAAAUAAAAAUAGAUCUCUCAUAUGCACAGUUUAAAGUUGGAAGGAGAGAGAUGUCGACCUGAUAGCUGGAGAUAAUUCCUUUUCUUGAUCAUAUGAUCAAAAUCUAAGGAAUGAGAAUCACGUAAAAGACAAAGCACUCUAUGAGGUCUACUGCCUAUGAGGUUUCAUCUCACCUAUAAAUAGGUGAAAUAAGAGCUCUGUUUUUGGACAACCAAUCUAUUGAAGCCAGAAUUGUGGAGCAACUUAUUUUAAAUCUUAACAGAAUCUAAUUUUAUGACAAAGGACCCUUUCUGGUGUAAUGAAGUCUUGUUUGGAACAGCUCCUAAUUUCUGUCAGAAGAUGUAGGAAAUCUCUGUCACUGCUCAACCUUUUUAAAACAAGAUGUGUGUUAUUGAACCAAACAUGGCAUAUCUUCUCUAAGAUGCCUUAACAUUUUGGAUAAUGAUCUUUUUUUUUGGCAUUUUUAACUGUCUAUAGCUGUCCUUCACUUGGAAUUGUCAGCAGUCCUUAUUUAAAAUGUGCGACAGCUGACUGCAAUUAAAAAAUAAAUAAAACAACCCUCUAAAUUUUAAAAUGCCAAGGUUGUUUCUGCUUCUUCAGCUCUCACAGUUUGGGUAGAGGGUUCCAAAUUUGUCCCUCACUUUCUCUAAAGUGGUAUUGUCAGCAGUCCUCUUUGAAACAAAAGGGACUGGGUUGCUGUGCACUUAAAAAAAAAAAAAAAAAAAAAAGCUAAAUUUGUAAAUGUCACACAUUGCCUUUUCACAGUGUCACAUGGCACAGACAAGCUUCUAGAUUACAUCUCAGUGUAGAUUACAUCUCGAUGUAGUAGUAGUAAUCUAAAUUGCAUCGUGAUGGGGUCUGUGACUCAUUUUAUACAUUGGUGCAAACACACCCACGGAGGCCUGCAGAGUGAGUGCUGAACCUCUCCUAUAGGGAUAGUGUCGUCUCACUUGGGUAGGAACUGUGUCAUGCAUGUGCUCAUAUGUGGCUCAGUAGCCAUGUCGACCUGUAGAUGGAUUUUUAUCUGUGAUGGAAUUUUGUUGCCAGAUGGAAAUCCAACCUUUCUGUGUGCUCGUACUAUUAUUGGACAAUCCUUGUCCUCUUUCCAUACACAUACACUGCGGCUCUCGUUUUCACUUUUUAGUGUAAUCGAAUUAAAUAUUCAGCAUUGCAGUUCAUUUGCCCUUGACAGGACUUCAUCUUCUGCUCAGUAAUUUGGAUAGGACAAAUUUCUCAUGCCGUAGUUCAAAAUUAGAGCUUUAAGGAAAAUCUACAACCUGGUGAGUUCACUGCAGCCCUGCUUCACCUAUCAGUGCAAAGGAUGAAUAAUUGUCAUUUCAGCAAAUGGCAGCUUGUAGAUUGGGACACCACACAUAUUAACGCUAUGUUAUCACGCUACAAUGACAGGAUGCAUUCUCAUGCAGUAAAUGGCUGUUUGUUGCUUGUGAAUGUGUACCGAAAAAUAUUGUUUCGAUUUUGUUCUCCUGAAUGGCACAGAGAUAUAAUGGCAGGUUCUUACCAGGAAGUUGCCAUCAUCAUUAUUGUUUUAAGCAUCAUAAUUCAUAAUCAUCAUUAUCAUCACUGUCACCUCUCACCAUCAUCAUGUGCUGCUGAACUUGAAGUAGGUGCAAAAGAAAAAAAAAAUUUUUGUACAGAAAUCUAUUUUUUAUGGAGAAUUUGUAAAAAAAAAAAAAGAAACAAAUUAUUAAACAUGCUGUACUUUUUAUGAUUAAUGAUGUAGGUACAACAAAAUCUUGUUCAUUAAAGUCAAUGUUUUUACUGUUACACACCAUGUAAAAAUCUAUGGUUCAAACUGAGUAUCAAAUAUCAAAAUGUCAUAUGAUCUCUUUUGUCUAUUAUGGCUGCUUUUACACAGGAACAGAAAACCUUGUGGGACCUGGAGUUAAUCUUCUUCAUGCUGGAGAGACAUUUAGCUCUGGGACACACUUGUAAAAAAAAAAAAAAAAAUCUGCUAUUCAUAAACUUCAGUAUCAUAAAAUGUGUCAAUUCCAACUCCUCCAAAGCUUAAGUCAACAUUCAUUGCAAAAAAUGGUAUAAAAUGUGAUGAUACAGAGAACAGUUUUGAGUGACUUCUAAUGCAGCAGCAGCAGCAACACUGUUAGACAUUAAAAUAUCUUGUUUACAUACAUGUUUGGAAUUGAUUUUAGACACACAGUUAACACGGAACAAAAAAUAAACACUAGAUGUUUAGUGUCAUAAUGUCAUGAACAGUAUGUCAUGGUUGGGUUUGAAAACAACACUUCCUUUCAAAGACAGUGUUCUUGUGUAAAGGCAGCCCUGUGUGACUGAUCCUAAUGUCUGUAUCUGGGAAAGGGAUGACUUCCACAGGCACAAAAGAUUUUGGAUGACUUGCCCCCUUCAUUGCCCAAAAUCUGACCUCAUGGCUGUCUAAACAAGGAGGAAUCUGGUUCUCUUGCUUAGACAUUAUGGGUUUAGAGUGGAAAAUAAAGUUUAGGUAAAUUUAGACUCUAGCAGCAAAUUGGCAACCGUUUUGGAGGCUUCUCUGUUGGGAAACAAUUGGUAUUCUUAAGUUUUGAAUCAAAGGAUUGAAAAUUAUAUUUUUCUGUCCUCCCAUGACAUAAUGACAGAGAAACAACAUGGAAUGUUAUAAAGGGUACUGUAUGUGAAUGCAGCCUCACAACCUGCUGUUAAAGAGAAUCACAGUUUAUCUAUCAGCUAUUUUGAAGACAUUAUUUGAGAAUAAAGUUUUUGAUACAAUAAUAA